GUCCCUCUCCCAUUCUCAUCCGCCUCGCCGCUCCAACCUCUUCCUCACCUUCCUAUCUUUAUCUGGAUCGCCGGCAGAGAAACUGAGAGAACGGAAAUCCGGCAGUCCCCUUCCUAUCUUUAUAAGAACUAAGAGCUGCGCGUUUUCUCGUCUUUCUCUGCAUUCAAGGUUCUUUACCCAUACCAGAAAUGGUCAUUCCUCCUCCUGUCAGGCCGCCAAGGAUCAUCAACUACCUGAAGCCUUAUGUUCUGAAGAUGCACUUCACAAACAAAUAUGUGAACGCCCAAGUUAUUCACACCCCGACUGCUACAGUUGCAGCUGCAGCAAGCUCACAGGAAAAACUACUCAGGCCGAGCAUGGAGUCCACAAGAGAUGUCGCAGCAGCUGCCAAGAUUGGUAAGCUAUUGGGGGAGCGUCUCCUACUCAAGGGUAUUCCUGCUGUGUCUACGUUCUUGAAAAGGGAACAAAAAUACCAUGGGAAGGUGAAGGCUGUCAUAGAUAGUGUGAGAGAAGCCGGUGUCAAGCUGCUUUGAUGUCAUUCCUCAGUUGCCAUCAGAUAGUUACAAGUAUUAAGCUGCUGCGACAAUUUACAGGAAACAUUGGAGGCGGUGCCUUUUUUCCUUCAAUCUAAAUUUAAUUGUCGAGCUUGCUCUCAUGACUAUUGUCAUCUUAGGACUUGGCAAUUAUAUGCUGGAAUGCUAAGAAUUUAACUUGAUGCUUAACAAUUCAAUCCCAUCUUCAGGAUCCUUAUCUCAA